AUGAUAAAUGACUAUCGACGAUCGGAUAGUACAAAACGUCAAUCUCAUCGUCGUACUUUAUUAUGUUGCUCAACUAUAUGCCUACUUUCAUUUUUAAUUUUAUUUCUAUUGUUAACUCAAGUAUUUCAUUAUCGUUAUGUGCAUUUCGAUAACAAUUUAAAUAGAUCAAUUUCAUUAAAUAUAAUGAAAUUUCAUUCAUCAUUAAUUCAAUGUGGUCAAUCUGUUGUUGAAAAAGAAAAUAUGUAUCAAUUUAUUGAACAAUUAACUGAAACAAUGAAGAAUCUUGCUACAAAACAAAAGAAUAAAAACCAUUUUCACGUAAAUGAACAAUUAGAUAUAAUUCUUAUGCCACCAGACAUUAUUGUUUGGUUAGAAUAUAUUCUAGCACAAUGUUUUCAAGCAAGGCAAUUUUCAAUGAUUGAGCAAAAUAAGCCAACCAUUAUUAGACAAAUUAUUUCGACUUUACGAAAAGAAUUUUUAUACAUCGCUGGAUUUUUUAUAAAAGAAACCUAA